AUGGAUGCCGAAAAUGAAGAUGAGCAAGUUCAAAAACAAUGCGUACAAUUAUUCUCAUCGACAGAUUUCAUUAUGGAAUCCAAAGUUUUUGAUACCAUUAAGGAUUAUUUUCGUCAUGGAGGUGCGCCUGAUCAGGUCAUCGAAUUAUUGUCAGAAAACUAUAUGGCUAUCGCGCAAACAGCCACGUUGAUGGCUGAUUGGCUGAUUCUAACAGGAGUUGAACCAGCCGAUGUUGUCAAUAUGAUUGUACAACAUUUACAAACAUUAAUCGAGAAGCAUUUCGAACCUAAAAAAGCAGAUAGUAUUUUCGAAGCCGGAGGAGUUCCAUCCUGGCUAACUGACAUGACUGAACAUAUGAAUUGGCGUUCGAUGAUUUACAAAUUAGCAGAAGAAUAUCCUAAUUGUUUAAUGUUGAACUUUACCAUUAAACUUUUGGUCGAUUCUGGUCAUGAAGAUGAAAUCACAAGUGUACCUGUAGCUGCACAACAAGUCGAAGUCUUCACCAAAGUCUUGAUGACCACUAUCCAACGUACUAUCGAUAGUGAACCUGACGAUUGGCAACGAAACAUUCAAGAACUUGUGCAAUUGGCUUGUCAUAGUGAACACACUUAUUUAUAUGCACAAAGUGUUCUCGCGUCAUUGGCAAACGAUGCAAAAUCGAUGAUUGUUCGACGAAUUUCAGAAGAAAUCGAACUACAUGCCAAAGCAAAAGGCCAUAACGUAACAGAUAUUACUUUAACAUUUGAUGGUACAACUGCUUAUCCGAAAGCCUAUCAACCACUCUGUACAAUGUUGUCGAAAAAAGUAUUAAAUCCAGCUGAUAUAACUACUCUCUACAAAAUCUAUCAAUCCAACGAUGCGCCACCAGUUGACCUUAUCCGAAAGCCGGCCUUCAUAGAAUUAUUAAUCACCCAAUUAUUUGACCCAGAUUCCACACUAAAUCCAGAACAUCGACCCAAAUAUAUCGCUCUUCUCGCAUAUGCUUGUAGUGUUGCUGAAACGAACAAGAAAAGUUCUCGAAAGAGUACAAUCAAUAGUAAAGAAGAAUUAUCACAAACAACUAUAGCGCUUGAGAAAGCACAUGAAAUAUGCAUUAGUUCAAAAUCGACGGUUGACCUUAUCAGCGACUUGAAUGAGCUCUAUAAAUGUCUUCGAUUUCCAAUUGUUGCGGCGUGUGUUCUUCGUUGGAUUGAAUUUCGUAUAUUUGAUCAAAGCUAUUUUAAACUUGAUCAAGGUACAACACCAGUUCAUCUCAUUAUUAUCGAUGAAAUUGUCAGUUUGCAUUUCUUACUACACCAAAAAGCGUUUGAAUUAUUAGUUCGUGUUUUCGAAGCAACAUUUGCCGAACUUGAUAUACUUAUUCAUUUGGAAUUCAAAAAGACGAUUCUUGAUCGUAUGGUUCACAUGCUCAGUUGUUCGUUUGUGCAUCCAAUAUUAGAAUAUAUAAAAAAACGUUGGGAACAACAAGACACAGAUGUAUCGCUGAUUCGUCAUUUUGUAUUCGAAGUUUUGGAAAUGAUUGGUCCUCCUUAUGAGCCAUCGUUUGUACAAUUAUUUUUACCUUUGCUUCAAAAUGAAGCUAUCGGUGGAACAAUAUCUCUUCGUACCGAAGAAGAACGAAAAUGUGUGAAAGAAUUUAUUGACCAUGCGUCGACGAUUGUUUCAUCGAAUACAUGA